UCUAAUUUCCUUUCCAAAAAAAAAAAAAUUAAAAUUAAUCCCCUAACUAAUUUUCCCUCCAUAAAUAUCCACUCUCAUAACAUAACCUUCAUUUCUCCUCACACCACCACAACAAAUCACGCUCCUCAAACUUUCCAAUGGCCCAAACCUCCUCCUCCCUGCGCUUCGCCGUCCGCAGGCGCGAACCGGAGCUGGUCCGACCGGCCGGGCCGACCCCGCACGAGUUCAAGCUCCUCUCCGACAUUGACGACCAAGAGGGGCUCCGGUUCCACAUCCCCGUCAUCCAGUUCUACGGCCACGACCCGGCCACGCGCGGCAAGGACCCCGUCGCCGUGAUCCGUCACGCGCUGGCGGAGACGCUCGUGCCUUACUACCCCUUCGCCGGCCGGCUCAGGGAAGCCGCGGGCCGGAAGCUCGCGGUGGAGUGUACCGGGGAAGGCGUGCUGUUCAUCGAGGCCGACGCCGAAGUCCGGCUGGCGGACUUCGGCGAGCUGCUGCAGCCGCCGUUCCCUUGCCUUGAGGAGCUGCUGUUCGACGUCCCCGGCUCCAACUCCGUCCUCCACUCCCCGCUCUUGCUUAUUCAGGUGACGCGCCUCCAGUGCGGCGGCUUCAUCUUCGCCCUCCGGCUCAACCACUGCAUGAGCGACGCGCCGGGUCUGGUCCAGUUCAUGUCCGCCGUCGGCGAGAUAGCCCGCGGCGCCUGCGCCCCCUCCGUGGCCCCGGUGUGGGAGAGGCACGUCCUCAACGCGCGCACCCCACCACGCGUGACACGCACGCACCGGGAGUACGAGGAAGUGGUCGACACCAAGGGCACGAUCAUCCCGCUCGACGACAUGGCCCACCGCUCCUUCUUUUUCGGCCGGGGAGAGAUGCACGCGCUCCGACGCCACGCGCCGCCGCACCUCCGCGACUCCUGCUCCGGCUUCGAGAUCCUCACCGCCUGCCUCUGGAAGUGCCGGACCGCCGCGCUCCGACCCGACCCGGAGGAGGAGAUGCGGAUCAUCUGCAUCGUCAACGCGCGCGCCAAGUUUGACCCGCCGCUGCCGACGGGCUACUACGGCAACGCGUUCGCGUUCCCGGCGGCGGUGGCUGCCGCCGGCGACCUCUGCCGGAGCCCGCUCGGGUUCGCAUUGGAGCUGGUGAGGAAGGCGAAGGGCGACGUCACGGAGGAGUACAUGAGGUCGGUGGCGGACACGAUGGCGGUGACGGGGCGGCGGCACUUCACGGUGGUGCGGUCGUACCUGGUGUCGGACGUGACGCGGGCCGGGUUCGACGCGGUGGAUUUCGGGUGGGGCAAGGCGGCGUACGGCGGGCCGGCGAAGGGCGGGGUUGGGGCGAUUCCCGGAGUGGCGAGCUUUUACAUACCGUUCACGAAUAAGGAAGGGGAGAAAGGGAUUGUUCUGCCGAUCUGCUUGCCGGCGGAGGCCAUGGAGAGGUUUGUCUCGGAGCUGGAGGCGAUGCUGAAGGGAACGCCGGCAGCCGGCGCGACCAAGAAAUCGACGUUUGUUUUAUCGGCUUUGUAAUUAAGGGAUUGAAAGUUGGAAGUUAAUAGUUAGUUGGAAUGUCUUUUACUUCUUUUUCAUGAAUUGGUUGUUGUGUCAUUUUACAUUUCCUUUCUUGAUUUGCUUGGCUUUUUGUAUUAUGUGUUCAUAUAAUCUCAAUCUCGUUGAAUAAUCACAAAAGGAUUUUCCUAGUAGAAGUAAGUAUAGCGAAAGAACUUCUGAAUUCUCG